AUGAAGACGGCCGCUUUGUUCGCCGUCACGGCCUCGCUCGUUCAGACGGUAAAAGGGAUAGCGCUGCCGCAAAGAGACGACGGAUUGAAGGUGGUUAGCCUAGAUACCGAGAGGCGGGCUCCCCGGAACCCGGUGCAUAGAGAUAAGCUCAGGAAACGAGACACUGUCACGGUAGGCCUGGACAAUGAGGAAACGCUCUACUUUAUCAACGCCACCAUUGGCACGCCCGGACGGUCUGUGAGGUUACACCUGGAUACGGGAUCGAGCGACCUGUGGGUGAAUACACCAAGCUCGGGGUUAUGUCAGUCGUCGAACCAGCCGUGUCAGUUUGCAGGCACAUACACGGCAAACCAGUCUUCGACGUACCAGUACAUUGGCAGCUAUUUCAACAUUUCCUAUGUCGACGGUUCGGGCGCGAGUGGCGAUUAUGUGUCGGACACGGUGACUGUGGGAGGCGCAACGUUGAAGAGGUUACAGUUCGGCGUCGGGUACGUGAGCACCAACUCGCAGGGCAUCCUCGGCAUCGGGUACCCUCUCAACGAGGUCCAAGUUGGCCGCGCUGGGCUGAGGCCCUACCCCAAUUUGCCGGCGCAGAUGGUGGCCGAGGGCCUUAUCCAGUCGAACGCUUACAGCCUGUGGCUGAAUGAUCUCGACUCGAACCGGGGCAGCAUCCUGUUUGGUGGCGUCGAUGCCGAGAAGUAUGUCGGCACUCUGGAAUCGGUGCCGAUCGAGUCAGAAUCGGGCGUGUAUGCCGAGUUCCUCAUCACCCUCACCAAGCUCACGCUCGGCGACCAGACAAUAGGCAGUGACCUCGCACUAGCCGUCCUGCUCGACACGGGCUCGUCGCUGACCUACCUGCCCGACGCGCUGGUCUCGGAGAUUUACAACCAGGUCGGCGCCGAGUUCGACGACCAGCAAAACACGGCCUACGUGCCCUGCGCCCUAGCCCAGCAACAGGCCACGCUAAACUUUACAUUUUCCUCCCCGACGAUUGCCGUCGAAAUGAACGAGCUGGUCAUCGACCUGGUCACGUCGAGCGGGCGGCGCCCGACCUUCUCCAACGGCGUAGAAGCCUGUCUGUUUGGCAUCGCCCCGGCCGGCGCCGGGACCAACGUGCUGGGCGACACCUUUUUGCGGUCGGCCUAUGUCGUCUACGACCUGGAAAAUAACAGGAUAGCUCUGGCCCGGACGAACUUCAACACGACGGCGUCGAGGGUGGUGGAGAUUGGUAAGGGGGAGGGUUCGAUCCCAGGUGCGACGGCGGUUGCGAACCCGGUGAGGGCUACCCAGGGGCUGAGUGGGCUCAACGCGUCAGAUCUGUUGUCCGGGGGCGUGAGUUUGAAAUCCGGGCUGGGGUUGUCGUUUGUCGCGAUGAUGGCGGCGACGGCAGGGUUUGUGCUCAUGUUUUAG